UUUUUUUUUCUCUUUUCUUUCUCCUUGUUUUGUGCUGCUAACUUUAUCUCCAUGGCUUGUUGGUCGGUGCGUUUGUGUGUGUUUCUACGGCUUCCAUCCAAGUGAUAAAUGAGUCGACUCCCUCGCGCUUUGGCUUCUAGCUCUCUUCUAGUCUAAUCCACUGAACCACAGUUCUAAGACAUUGUCUCUUUAAUAUCAAGAGAAUACUCUUAGCGGUCUUUGCGCUUUCUUCUCCCCCACCCAGACCAUUCAACUCUUGCUCAAAUCUUCCUGCGCGAUCAUCUCAAUAUGUAUAUCGCCGCUUUGCUCCUCGCUCUCUCCCUCACUGCUCAGGCAGUGCCAGUCUUCCAUUCCCAGGCGAACGAGACCAUCGCUCGCAGACAUGAGCUUCCUUACAAGGUCGUCAACGUUGCUGGCACUGCCGCUCCCACGGUUGAGACCGUCACCGCUACACCCUCCCCGCCAGUGACGGUGACCGUCACUGAAUACCCUUCCUCCACGCCAGCUUGGGGUCCAUCUUUUUCCUCCUGGAGCGUCGGUCCUCGAGUGACGGGCAGUCCCCUUCCCCGUCCACCCAUCGCCGCGCGUGGACUCAACAGCACGGAACACCACCAGCGUCGCCAUGAGCACGCCGCUGAGACCAACACCACCGUCACAGAAUGGCCCCUCAGCCAGGAAUCCACGACGGUGACCAAGCGCAGCAACAGCACUCUGCCCCGUUCUUUGGCUCAGCACAACGAAACCGAGCAUGAACAUCACCGGAGCACAAGGACGGCGACCAACCUAAGAAGGCUCUGAGCCAGCGCGCUGUGAAUCCCACCGAUGCAGCUCUGAAGCACACUGCCGGAAGCGCAAACGACACUCAGCCGGCUUGUAUCGACGUUGCCCCCGAGCAUGCCGCCACCUUUGCAAGCCGUGCGCUCAAUACCACCGACACCAAGCACAUCCCACGCAGGUGUCCACGUCUUACGAGCCUGGCGAGUUGACCGCCUGCUGAUCGCUGAACGAAACGGGUCCAAAUAAGAGGUGUCCACGUCUCACGAGCCUGGCUAGUCGGUCAACUCGCCAUACAUUAGCUAUGUAGUGGAUGCGGGAAAUGAGAUUAAUUCGAG